AUGCCCGCCAAGCAGAACGUCGCCUUUUUCUGGGACUGGAGCGCCGACAAACAGAUCGAGCAGAUCCCAAAAGGAUGGAAGGUUGACAAGAAGUGGGUUGCCAGCGUCAAACGUCGAGUCGAAGUGACGAAGAAGACUGCCGAAAUUCGACGACUUUCGGACACUCCAAAGCCCAAGUGGGCCGUCUGUGAUCCUUCCAAGCUUCGCCGAUAG